AUGGCGCCUAUGUUGGGACCGCUGAAAUGCGGGUUUUACUUUGAAAGACGAAAAUUAGCGCUUCUCCUACGACAGACGAGCUCGUAUCACAUUUGGAGUCAAAGUCACAAUGUAAACGGCACCAACUAUAAACGUCACAGUACAUGUACGUUGAGUUCGCUUCCGCACUUACAGACGGCUACAUGGAGCACCAACAGAAACAAAAACUGUCGGAUUUUGGGGGCAGUAAAACAUCUGCAGGUGACCGACAAACGAACAUGUUGGCACGGACAUGCAGGAGGAAAGCUAAAUGCCGAUCCAAAAAAUGUGCUGAAAGAGGUGAAUUCAACCCAGAUCCUAUCUGCGAUGAUGUCUUACGUAUGGCCAAAGGACAGACCAGAUCUGCGGGCCCGUGUUGCCAUUUCUCUGGGACUGCUCGCUGGAGCCAAGAUGACCAAUGUGACUGUGCCCUUCAUGUUUAAGUAUGCAGUGGACGAGCUUAACCAGAUGUCAGGACACAUGCUGAACCUGAAUGACGCGCCAAGCACUGUGGCUACCAUGGCAACGGCCGUGUUGAUUGGCUAUGGCGUCUCACGGGCUUGUGCGGCCUUUUUCAAUGAGCUGAGGAACACUGUGUUCGGCAAGGUGGCCCAGAGCUCCAUCCGCCGUAUUGCCAAAAACGUCUUCCUCCACCUGCACAAUCUGGACCUGGCUUUCCAUCUCAACCGCCAGACAGGUGCGCUGUCCAAGGCCAUCGACCGUGGCACACGGGGCAUCUCCUUUAUCCUCAGUGCCAUCGUGUUCAAUCUUGGACCCACAGUCUUUGAGAUGGGCCUUGUCAGUGCCAUUUUGUUUUACAAAUGUGGUGGACAGUUUGCUGCUGUAGCCCUGGGCACCUUAUCAACAUACACCCUUUUCACCAUUCUCAUCACUCAGUGGAGGACUCGUUUCCGAAUAGAAAUGAACAAAGCAGACAAUGAAGCAGGAAACGCAGCUAUUGACUCCCUUCUCAACUAUGAGACUGUUAAGUACUUCAACAAUGAAAAGUAUGAAGCUGAAAGGUAUGAUGGAUUCCUGAAGACUUAUGAGUCAUCCUCUUUAAAAACCACAUCUACACUUGCCAUGCUCAACUUUGGCCAGAGUGUCAUCUUCAGCAUGGGACUGACGGGCAUUAUGUUGCUUGCCAGCAAGGGCAUUGCAGCAGGUACGAUGACUGUGGGAGACCUGGUGAUGGUGAAUGGCCUGCUCUUCCAGCUCUCACUGCCGCUCAACUUCCUGGGUACAGUGUACAGAGAGACCAGACAGGCCCUGAUAGACAUGAACACUCUGUUCACUCUGCUCAGCGUUGACACGAUGAUUAAGGAGAGGGAUCUCGCCCCGCCUUUGGCUGUCACACCACAGGAGGCCACCAUCCGUUUUGAAGACGUUUAUUUUGAAUACCUGGAGGGCCAGAAAGUCUUAAAUGGAGUGUCCUUCGAUGUGCCUGCUGGGAAGAAGGUGGCCAUCGUCGGUGGCAGCGGAUCUGGGAAGAGCACCAUUGUGCGCCUGUUGUUCCGCUUCUUUGAGCCUCAGCGGGGGAACAUCUACAUAGCAGGGCAGAAUAUCCGAGACGUCAGCCUUGACAGCCUGAGGAAAGCUUUGGGGGUUGUACCUCAGGAUGCUGUUCUGUUCCACAACACCAUCUACUACAACCUGCAGUAUGGGAACAUCCAUGCUUCACCAGAGGAGGUUUACCAAGUGGCACGUCUAGCAGGCAUCCAUGACGCUAUACUCAGGAUGCCCCAUGGCUAUAACACCCAGGUUGGGGAGCGGGGCCUCAAGCUGUCAGGAGGGGAGAAGCAACGUGUUGCCAUCGCCCGUGCAAUACUCAAGAACCCACCGGUUCUCCUGUAUGACGAAGCAACAUCCUCCCUUGACUCCAUAACAGAAGAGAACAUCCUGAGUUCAAUGAAGGAGUUGGUGAAGGACAGGACAUCGGUGUUCAUCGCCCACAGGCUCUCCACUAUUGUGGACGCAGACGAGAUUAUUGUGCUGAAUGAGGGUAAAGUGGCAGAGCGAGGGGAUCACCACAGCCUCCUCAGCACCCCAGGCAGCUUGUAUGCUGAUCUGUGGAACACCCAGCACAAUAAAAUCCUGAACAGCGGCAAGGGCUCGCCCAAGCCGCCGGUUGAGCACCUCUCCCAGAAGGAGGAGGAGAGAAAGAAAUUGCAGGAGGAGAUUCUCAACAGUGUGAAGGGAUGUGGCAACUGUUCCUGUUGAGAGGAGCUGCCUUCACUGUGUCUGUUCAUCCCUCUUAGAUGCCCUAUACUGGUCUGUGGAGUAUUGGGGGGGGGGGGGGGGGUGAUUACAUCCCCAAUACCCUCUCCCAACUCGAGCCAAGCCUCAGCCCAUGUGACUCUCCCUCCUCCUCCUCAUGUGAAUAAAGGCCACUGCUCACCAAAGUGAGGGAGGAGGAGCAGAGACAGAGAGCAAGUGUGUGUGUGAAGCACUGGCUGGUGUCCAGAGAUAGAGCUUCUAUGCCAGUUGCUUUAGCUGAAGCCAAGCAUAAGAGACCUUGUAUAUUACAAACAUGUGUCUAAGACAUCUGUUAGUCAACAUGGUUGCCCCCCCUCCAUCCCCCAUAUUUUACACCAGGUUUAUUGAUCUUCCAUUGCACUGAAAACAGUUGAGGAUACAUGGACUAACUAACAUAUGCCUUAAUGGUGACACCAGAUUUGUAUUAAUUACAUUUUUUAAAUCAUUUUCAAAAUAAACUAAGCGUAUAGUUUGUUUUUAUACUAAGGGUGUGUACAUGUUGGAAUUGAUUCUGCUUUUAGGUGAGCUGUUUGAAUACAGAUUUACAAAGAUCGUUACUUGGGAUUUAUUAUACAUAGGCGUGAUGCACAUUGCCCAUGAUACAUCCAUCUUCUACCACUUUCUUCUCCACAUGAGGGGCGGGGGGGGCACUGGGCCAAUCGCGGGGUACACCCUGGACAGAUCGCCAGUCCAUCACAGGGCCACAUAUAUAGACAAACAAAUCCCUAUAUUGCAUGUUUUUAGACUGUGUGAGGAAACUGGAGAACCCGGAGGAACCCCCCCCCCCCCACACACACACACGCAUUGCCCAUGAUAUUGUUCUUAAAAAAAAAAAAAAAAAUGAUCUGGCACAUAAUUAAGUCUUCUAGACAACAUAAUAUGGCUGUUUGGACUCAUGAACAUGCAUAACAGCUCUCCACUGAUUGAGCAGUACGUCACAGUCACUCUCAUGUAAAUUUAACACACUGAGGGUAGCGAAGGGUGGCCCUAAUAUAUCAUGAAUGUUUUUUUUUUCUCUGCAUAAGAAUCACACAGGCAACGACUUGCGUAGUCUUCUGGGAACAUUCCACAGUCAUAUUGUCUUUUUUGGCAUCUUUAAAAUAAAAGUUGUUUUAACAGUG